AGUUAGCCAACGUAAAAUCGGAACAUUGAAGCUCUUUUAGACCAUUUUUGUGUGUAUUGAUCUCGGUGUCGUUUUGCUUGUUAAAAUUGACACAUUUGUUAAGGUUGAUUAUACUGAGCCUAAGCACUAGGCUAAUGCUAAUUUUAGGUAGCCCAACCAUGAACUCACAAAUAUACUCCCAUCCUGCAAAAGAAGAGGGGGUCUCCUGGACGGAGAAUGAAGCUCUGGGUCUGAACAUUGUCGUAAAAGAAGAGGAAGAGGAGAAUAUUACAGUGGAAGAAGCUUUCAGAAUAAAACAGGAGGAAGAUGAGAAUGUUACAGUGAAAGAAGAGAAAGAACCUUUUGGAGUGAAAGAGGAAGAGGAGGCUAUCUCAAUAAAAGAGAAGGAGGAAGAUGUUUUGGGAGUGAAAAGGGAGGAGGUUGAAGGAGAGGAAGUGGAGGCUGGAGAUCUGAUUGACACUAGAGAGAGACCAGACUCUCACUCUGACAGCGGGAAGAGUCCUUCAGGGGAACCAGACCCAGAGACGCCCAAACCAGCAGGAAAACACCACUGCUCCCACUGUGGAAAGAGUUUUACCUGGUUAGGGUACCUAAAACGGCAUGAGAGGACACACACAGGAGAAAAGCCUUUCCAAUGUUCUCAGUGUGGAAAGAGUUUUACCGUGUUAGUUAACCUGAAAAGGCAUGAGAGACUACACACUGGAGAAAAGCCUUAUCAUUGUUCCCAAUGUGGAAAGAGUUUUACUCAGUUAGGGAACCUAAAACAGCAUGAGUGGACACACACAGAAGAAAAGCCUUACCACUGCUUCCAAUGUGAAAAUAGAUUUUCACGAUCAGUGGACCUAAAAGCUCAUGAGAGGACACACACAGGAGAAAAGCCUUUCCAAUGUUCCCAGUGUGGAAAGAGUUUUACCGUGGUAGCUAACCUGAAAAGGCAUGAGAGAAUACACACUGGAGAAAAGCCAUUCCAAUGUUCCCAUUGUGGAAAGAGUUUUACUCAGUUAGGGCACUUAAAAAAGCACAAGUGGACACAUACAGGAGAAAAGCCUUAUCACUGUUCCCACUGUGGAAAGAGAUUUUCACGAUCAGGGGACCUAAAAACUCACGAGACAACACACAUAGGAGAAAAACCUUUCCAAUGUUCCCAAUGUGGAAAGAGUUAUGUUAAGUCACAGUACCUUAAAGAGCAUAAGAGAAUACACACAGGGGAAAAGCUUACCCAAUGUUCUUAGUGUGGUGACGGGAUCUCUCAAAUAGAUGGUAUGAAGAUAGUUGAGAACAAAAGCCUUAUGUCCCUACAGUGCAGAGUGUUUUACCAUGUUAGUUAACCUGAAAAUACACGCUCUGGAGAAAAGCCUUUCCACUGCUCCUAAUAUGAAAAUACUUUUGCCAGGUUAGGGAGUCUGAAGUCACAUGAGUGGACUCAGAGAAGAGGAGCACUACCACUGGUCCAGCUGUGGAACAUGUUUUAACCAGUUAGAGAAGAGGAGCACUACCACUGGUCCAGCUGUGGAACAUGUUUUAACCAGUUAGAGAAGAGGAGCACUACCACUGGUCCCGCUGUGGAACAUGUUUUAACCAGUUAGAGAAGAGGAGCACUACCACUGGUCCAGCUGUGGAACAUGUUUUAACCAGUUAGAGAAGAGGAGCACUACCACUGGUCCAGCUGUGGAACAUGUUUUAACCAGUUAGAGAAGAGGAGCACUACCACUGGUCCCGCUGUGGAACAUGUUUUAACCAGUUAGAGAAGAGGAGCACUACCACUGGUCCAGCUGUGGAACAUGUUUUAACCAGUUAGAGAAGAGGAGCACUACCACUGGUCCAGCUGUGGAACAUGUUUUAACCAGUUAGAGAAGAUGAAAUCACACGAGAGAAUAGAGUCUGUGUUCUGUUUUUUGACUGAGAAUUUGGGUUUUUGUUUAUGCCACCUGAAAUCAAAUAGUUUAUAUGAAAUCUUCCUUAAAGAUAGAAAUAGGCCUACUUUAGUUUUUUUCCUCUUGAGACAUUAAAAAAUAGCUCAAAGUCUGGCUAGGUUGGGUGGGAGGUAGCCCAAUGGGUAUGUCUGGGUAGAAUGGUGGGAGGUAACCCAAUGGGUAUGUCUGGGUAGGUCGGGUGAGAGGUAACACAAUGGGUUUGUCUGGGUAAACAAUAUGACCUGGUGUAUAGAACAGGAUUACGCAGUUCCCAUUAGUUACUGGUGUCAUGACGUUGGCCUGGGGGUAGGUUUAUGACAGUCAUAAAUACCUCUUCCCCCCUUUUUCCUCUCCCUA